AUGGAGGAACAAAACCAGGAGCCACUAAGGAUUAAUGUUGUUGAAGAAGGGCAUGCUAAUACCAUGAAAGUCCAUCGAUUCUAUUUCGUUAAAUUAUGGUCAUCAAAUUUGGAAGUUAGAAUCGAAGAGGCCAAAAACCUGAUGGAAAAGAUGAGGCAAGAGCAGCUUGAAAUCUCCAGAAACAUAAAAGAGAGAAAGGCUGAUCAGGAUCGGCUGGUUUCUAGGCUUAACUAUCGAGAUAAUAAUAAUGGAUUCGGAAACAGUGUGGACUGGGGGGGGAAGCACUUGAAUUUUCAUAAACUAACUCUGGAAAAGCUGUGUUUUGCAAAUAAUGCAUACCGGGGGAGGGCUAGCAAAUCAUGCUCUUCAAAGCGAGUGCUUGAUAUUAAUGGAGAAUUUGAUGAUGAUCUUCUGCAACAAGCCCUAGACAAGCUGUAUUCUGAAAAGCAAUCAUACCGGGGAAGAUCACGUAAUUCAUGCUCAUCAUUACAAGACCUUGACAAGAAUAAGUUGCAUUUCCGGAUGCUACAUGGAAGAAACACUUUGUCCGAGGAAAAGAAGCUCUUAAAAGACAUCAAUGCAAGAAACCAGAAAGCCCCCAGUUCAUGUUUCUCAUUAGAUGAGCUUGAUGAUGCUAUAUGGGGGUUUCAUCGCCGUGAAAGGUGGGAUUGGAUGUUUAAUAAUAAAGAUGGGGAUCAAGAGCGGAUCAUAAAAGAAAAAAAUCAGCUUACAUGUUUAAAAGAGAAAGCUAUUGCCACAGCUGCAGUCAAAGGAAAGCUUUGGACCUCUUUGGGUUCAAAACAAGCCAUACAAGACAAAAUUAAACUUUUAGUUACUGAAUUAGAUGGAGAAAUGAAAGAAACAUCCUCAAGAAGGACCAUUCUUCAACUGAUUAAGCGGCGUGAUCAGAGAGAAUUGAAGAAAAUAAGAGAAGAUAUAAAAUCUCUGCAGAAGCAAUUAGAAGUUGCACGCCACAGAAAGAAUGAAAUGUUCGAAUGCAUUCUUCAACGGAGUAAACUGCUUGAUGAGGAGAGUUCCUGCAACUACCAAUACCGGUCGCUCUUACAAAAUGCCAGAAAACUUGCUCAAAAGAAAGAUGUAGCAACCCUUGAGGAAUUGUCUCAAGAACAGGUUGAAAAAUUCUUUUCCCAAUGGAACAACAAUAAAGCUUUUAGAGAAGAAUAUGAGAAAAGAUUGGGCAUGCAUGGCUUGACUGCCGCUGAUUGA